AAAAGGCAGGACAUAGUGUGUUACAUUUUUCAUGUUCUUAUAAUUGCACUAAAUUGUUUAUAUGUGUUUGGUGCAAUCUGCAUUGUUAUCCAACACAGUAAUGGCAUUAACCUCCAGCAUAAAGUGACACAGCAUAAAAUAAUACAGCAAUGCAGUAUAGGAGAGGCCAUUGAAAUAACACAAUAGCUGACAACACUAAAUGGGGCCAACGGAUGGAUGGAAUCAAUAGCUUCUAUAAGGAGGAUGGGCAAUGACGUAAUACACUGUCAAUUUGGCUCCCACGCCACCCAUUUAUAAGAAGUCUGCGCAACCUACAUGUUACUGUCGAGGGGAAAAAAUAUCGGUUUGAGCCCAUGAAGUUUUUUUCAUCAAAAAAUACCACUGAGAUGUGAGAAUAACUGAUGUUGUUUUUCAUCGAAAAAAUACCACCGAGAUGUGAGGAUAACUGAUAAAUAGAAAAAAGUCAAUCCGUGUACAAAGGUUUGGCUGAUGGUUGGGGAUUAUACAGUAGCAUCCAUCAUGCACAGCACUAUAAUUUCCUUCUUCAUUCUCUGUUCACUGUAUAAAGAGUCUCUUUCAGUCCGUUUCAAGGUCUUAUCAGCAGCAUCAGUAUCAGUGACAUUUGGUUCAGAUGUGGUGUUACCUUGUCGUCUGACCCCUGAGAUGAACGCAGAGAAGAUGGAAAUCCGUUGGUUUAAGCCAAUGUACCAGCCGUAUGUUCAUCUUUGUAUUAAUGGGAAAGACGAUUACUCGAUCCAAAUGCCUCAGUUUACUAACAGAACAGAACUGAUAAAAGAGAACAUCACUAGAGGAGUUUUCCCUUUGAUGAUCCAUAAUGUCACAGCUCAGGAUUCUGGAGAAUAUUAUUGUUUUGUUGAGUCCAGUGAACACCACGGUAAAGCAACAGUACAACUACAUGUUACUGCUGUUGGAACUCUCCCUAAUAUUUCCUCAAUUAGAUCUGAAGAUAAUCACACCGUAUAUUGUGAGUCCCGUGACUGGCACCCUCAGCCUUACCUGCUAUGGACAGAUAACAAGGGAAACAAAAUAAUCCCGUCAAUGCAAAAUGUGUUCAGAGACGAGAAUAAUUUGUAUCGUAUCAUUAGUGCAAUUAAUCAACCGACCACUUCCUAUAUCACUUGCACUGUCUCCAAUUCUCUAAAUCAGACCAAGCAGAACUCCAGGCAGAUCAGAGAAAAAGGAUUGAGGAAUACUUCUACUCGCUUUAUUAUAACCUGGCCCAGUGUGGCUGUUUCAUUGAUUUCUUUUUGGUGUAUCUGCCUUCAAGCAAUGAAUCCUGGACUCUAUGUGGGAGAAACAGGACAAACACUGCCCCAACGGAUGAACUCCCACAGGUUUAACAUCAAGCCUGGCAACACAGAUGCCCCAGUGGCAGCACACUUCUGCAGCAAUACCCACAGCAUCAAAGAUCUUCGGGGUAACAGUUUUAAAGGGUAACUUCAAGAAACAACAGGAGUGGAAGGAGUGGGAAUUCAAACUCAUGAGAAAGUUUAACACCCUAGAAUGUGGCCUGAACAGAGAUAGGAGUUUUAUGUCCAGAUAGAACUUUAACUAGGGAUAUGACACCUAGAAAAAACAAUCUACAUCUUAAAAAACAUUUUCCUUAGGCUGAUUUCACCUCACAACAAGGUGCUGACUGUACUAGUGUCUGCUCCCUUGACUAAAGGGCUUACCCUAGGGGGCUUAUCAAUAUCUGGGCUGAAAUAUUGUAUUAUCUUUACAGGUCACAAUGCCUAUUUGUAGUCUGUAUAUAUGUACCUGUAUCUUGUCCAAUUCCUAAUUUGCACUGUUGUGUUAACCUUACCCUAUUCUGUCUUGGUCUAGUUCAAGCUAUGUGACCUGAUUGAAUCAAGACCCCUGGACUAUUUAGAACCCACCCUAAUUACUUUUAUUAUCUCUACAAGUUAUCUCUGUCUAUCUGUAACUUUCUAAUUUAUUGCCCAUAAUGAUCUAAUAGUAUAUAUAUUUAUGAUGUGCCUUUCAUUUGUCGUUAGCCUGAAGAAGGGGCCUGGUGCUCCAAAAGCUUGCAAUUGUUACU